AUGGAAACAGCUGAAUUAUAUGAUAGUCGUGUUAAUUCACCAACAAUAUCUUACAGAGAUAUUAAAUUAUUAAAAAUUCUUCGUAAAAUUGAAGCUAAAGGUCAUUGCCUUACUCAGAAUGAGAUUCAACAUGCUACAAUAACAGUUUCAUCCAUAGAUUUAGUAAGAUCAUAUUAUUUCUAUGGAAAAAAUGCAUUUCGUGAUUAUGUUUUAAAUUAUAAUCUCGAUCCAUAUAAUGCUUUUACAGGUGAAGAUGUUCCAAUUAAAAAUGGUUUCAUUAAAUUAAUAUUUUAUGAUGGUUCAAUAGUUGUUAGAAAAGAAUUUCUUUUAAACUAUUUUGGCUAUUUUAAAUAUAAAUUUGAUAAUAUUACUGAUAAAAAAAUUAAUAUUUUUCGAAUUGAAGAUUUUUCUUUUGAUCAUUUUGCAGUAAUUUUAAAAUAUUAUUAUGCACAAAUUAUAGUUAUAUCUUUGGAUAUAAUUGUUGACUUAUAUAGAAUUGCUGAUUUUUUUGUUGUAGAUUAUGCUUUCAUGAAGCGUAUUACAUCUUAUAUGAAUUGUUUUUAUUCACAAAUUGCUAAGACAAUUGGAUUUUAUCGAUAUCACAAAUACUUUGAAGAUGAAUAUUUAGGUGGUGAUAAUACAAAUUUACAAGUUUCAAGUAAAGAAGAAGAUGAAGACAUUGAUCGUCUAUAUUAUCUUUAUCAACAUAAAUGUAAUAAUGGAAUUGAAUAUGAAUUUAUGGAUGAUGAUGGUGAUUAUGAUAGUGAAGAUGAUGAAGAUGAUGAAGAAGAUGAGGAAGAUGAAGAAGAUAAAGAAAAUGAAGAUAUUGAUAAUGAAAAUGUAGAAUAUAAUAGUAGUAUGGAUGAUGAAACUAUUGAUGAUGAAGAUAUGAAUGACGAUGAAAAAUCUAAUCAUGAUACAGAUGAUUAUGUAGAAGAAACUAUAAAUAAUGAUGAUGAAAAUAAUAUUGAAAUGAAUGAAGAAGUAGAUUUUUUAAAUGAUCUUAAUAAUGAAUUUAACCGUUUCAAAUGUAAAAUGACAGCUAAAAAAAGAAUGGAAGAUUACAUUGACAAAGUAAAAGAAAAUCCUUUAGAAAGAACAAAAGAUAUCUAUGAUAUUUUAAUUAAUGAAAAUGAAAUAUUUAUUUACAAUGAAGAUGAAAUUGAACCAAAAAUUAGCCAUUUAAAAUUGCUUAAUCCUGAAAUAACAUCAUUUGAGCGUUAUGAAUAUAUUGUAAAACCAAAUACAAAGCAUGCAUUUGUAUCAUUUAAAAAUGGUUUUUUAAUUCUUAGAAAUUCAUUUUCAUCAAAUGAAAAUAUUGUUGAUAAUAAUAUAUAUUGUGAAAUUUUUAAAAUUUCUGAUACAGCAAAUGUAAAUAAGAUGCUAGAUACACAUAUUGAAACAAAAUUUGAUUUUAACAUUGGAGAUAGAAUUUUUCAUGAUUAUUUUAUAUUUAAACAUGAUAAUUAUAUUUAUUUAAUUUUAAAUUGUCAAAGACAAAGUAAUGAGUGUUCCUUUUUCCGUUGUAAUAUUUACACAGGAAUUAAAGAAGAAUUAUUAGCUCCAGAUGAAGUAACUAACUUUUACAAUGUUUGUUUUUAUAAAUCUAGAUUCUAUUUUCUUUUAAAACCAUCACAAAAUACAAAUUUAAAUGUUACUAAAAUUGAAAAUAAUGAAAAUUUAAUAGAUAGUCCACAAUUUAUUAAUAGUUAUUAUUUUGAUCCGAUUGAAAUUUCAUGGAAUAACUUUCAACAACCAUUAUAUUGUGAAGAAAAUAUAAAUACUUGUCUUCAAGUUAUUAAUGAUGACAUGUACUAUUUCAAAACAUCCGUUUUUUGUCAAGAAUUUACGCUACAAGAUAAUGUAUUACGCUAUGACAUAUCCAAUGACUGUAAUUGGAUUCAAAUAAAAUAA